GUGGGACACGAUUGAUUUCAAUCGAAAACCAUAUGUACUCGAAUGAUAUAAACGUGUGUAAUCCACUAUACUAUCAUCCAUCUUUGUAUACUCAUUCGGUAGUAUCUCAUAAUUUGUGAGUAGAGAGAGAGAGAGAGAGAGAGAGGGUGAGAUGGGAGAGGUGAAGCACAUACUUCUAGCGAAAUUCAAGGAUGGAAUCUCGCAACAACAGAUCGACGAUCUCAUCAAGGGUUAUGCAAAUCUCGUCAAUCACAUUGAACCCAUGAAGUCCUUUCGAUGGGGAACAGAUGUGAGCAUUGAGAAUCUGCAUCAAGGCUUCACUCAUGUGUUUGAGUCAACCUUUGAAACUGUUGAAGGCAUUGCAACAUAUAUAUCUCAUCCUGUCCAUGUUGAGUUUGCAACCCUUUUUCUCGGUCAUCUGGAUAAAGUUCUCGUCGUUGACUUUAAACCUACUGCAGUUGACCCAUGAACAACUUCUUCAAAACUCUACCAUUUGCUAUGCCUAGACUUAUGAUCCAUGAGUUUGUUUGUUUCUUUUUGAAAGAUCUGUUGUUGUUCAAACCCAAAGACUUUUGUUGACUCCGGUCAAAAUAAAUAAAUAAUGUAACAGCUUAUAUGCUUAUAGUCAGGGGCUGUUUGGCAACU